AACUAGGAGGAGGGGAAGGCAAGAGAGCCCCCGCCCCUACCUCAGGACGCAGCCCGGGAGGGGUGUAAAUACAGCUACGAACGCCGUCGAUCUAUCUCGUCCUAGCCUCACUUCGCGGAUUGGUUGCGCCUGGCGGGUUCCCGUUCCUUGACUUCGGAUGGGUCAGGGGAGGUGAGAACACCAGGCUGUCUGGCUGAAUCUUCGAGGCCGCCCGGACCUGGCGCGCAGAGAAGCCAGGAGCGCGGCUGCGGUUCCCAGCUGGGCACCCCUGACACCGGAGGCCGAGAGGGUGCACCCGCCGCGAAGGCGCUGCGCUCCCGCGAGGGUGCGCGGCUGCAGAAGGCGAAUUUGCCCCGAUCAGAGAGCAACACUCCUGCCAGAGUGGACCUGCGGGAACUCCGGAAUGCAAAGCCCCAUUUCCCAGAUGGGAUUACUGAACCUCUCGGGCGAAGGCACUCCCGAGGCUCGUGGCCAGCAUGGCCCCCACGCUGCAGGAGGCGUACCAGAGACGCUGGUGGAUGGCGUGCACCGCAGUGCUGGAGAACCUCUUCUUUUCUGCGGUGCUCCUGGGCUGGAGCUCCCUGCUGAUCAUGCUGAAGAAGGAGGGCUUCUAUUCCAGCUUGUGCUCAGCUGGGAACACCACCAACACCACCCAGGAUGAGCAGCACCAGUGGCUGAGCUGUAACCAGCAGGAAGAGAUGCUCAACCUGGGCUUCACCAUCGGCUCCUUUGUGCUCAGUGCCACCACUCUGCCACUGGGGAUCCUCAUGGACCGCUUUGGUCCCCGGCCCACCAGGCUGAUUGGCAGUGCCUGCUUCGCUGCAUCCUGCACCCUUAUGGCCCUGGCCUCUCGGGACACCGAAGUUCUGUCUCCGCUGAUAUUCCUGGCACUGUCCCUGAAUGGUUUUGGUGGCAUCUGCCUGACAUUCUCUUCACUCACACUGCCCAACAUGUUUGGGAACCUGCGCUCCACAUUCAUGGCCCUCAUGUUUGGCUCCUACGCCUCUUCGGCCAUCACGUACCCGGUAAUCAAGCUGAUCUAUGAUGCUGGCGUGUCCUUCAUGGUCAUCAUGUUCACCUGGUCGGGCCUGGCCUGCCUCAUCUUUCUGAACUGUGCCCUCAACUGGCCAGGGGAGGCCUUUCCCUCACCGGAGGAAGUCAACUACAAGGAGAAGAUCAAGCUCAAAGAGCUGGCCCUGGAUCACAAGGUGACAGGAGACCGCUUCUACACUUAUCUGACCGCCGUGGGCCAGUGGCUGAGCCAGAAGGCCUCCAGCCUGGAGGAGGGGGUGGACACCUUCAUCUCAUCCCAGGAUGUUCGAGGCACCUCAGUCAAGUCAGCUGAGAAGUCUGUCCCCUUGCGCAAGAGCCUCUGCUCCCCCAUUUUCCUGUGGAGCCUCCUCACCAUGGGCAUGACCCAGCUGCGGAUCAUCUUCUACAUGGCCGCCAUGAACAAGAUGCUGGAGUACCUGGUAACCCGUGGCCAGGAGCAUGAGACGGACAGCCUGAAACAAAGGGCGACAGAGACAGUGGAGUUCUGCUCCUACGUCUUCGGGGCCAUGCAGCUCUUGUGCCUUCUCACCUGCCCUCUCAUCGGCUACGUCAUGGACUGGCGGAUCAAGGACUGCGUGGACACCCCCACUGAGGCCUCUGCCAGGGAUGGGGCUGCCACCAAGUCCGCCAAACCACGCUACCGCAAGAUCCAAAAGCUCACCAACGCCAUCAAUGCCUUCACCCUGACCAACUUCCUGCUGGUGGGUUUCGGCAUCACGUGUCUCAUCGACAACUUACAUCUCCAGUUUUUGACCUUUGUCCUGCACACUGUGGUUCGGGGCUUCUACCACUCGGCCUGUGGAGGCCUCUACGCCGCCGUGUACCCGUCCAACCACUUUGGGACACUGACAGGCCUGCAGUCCCUCAUCAGUGCUAUGUUUGCCCUGCUCCAGCAGCCGCUCUUCAUGGUCAUGGUGGGACCCUUGGAAGGAGAGCCCUUCUGGGUGAAUCUGGGCCUCCUGCUCUUCUCACUUCUGGGGUUCCUGCUACCUUGCUACCUCUUCUACUACCGUGCCCGGCUCCAGAGGGAGUACGUCACCCCCUGGGAGGUCCCCCUGAAGGUGCUUGGCAGCCCCGAGGUGACUGUGUAGACCUCUGAGCCAAGGGACCUGGAUGACAGGCAGCCAAAGGCCUGAGCAACCAAAGGGAAUGCCUCAUGGCUUUUCUACCUGUAACCUCUGCACAGAGCCAGGGGCCAUGGAUUUAUAAAUACCAAAAGCAUUUUAUUUUUGUAGGGACUUGCUAAAAGGAAAAAAAAUCCCCCAAAACAAUGCUCCAUUGACUGAAGACAUCCCCUGUGCAGGGAUUGGGCCUUCUUGAUCCUGGGAUUGGAAGAGAUCAGGGUAUGGCCCUGCCCUUUCUCUGGACCUUGUCGUAGGAGCCCACCUCCCGGUGCCUCCUGGGGGCUUAUGGGAUCAGCGAACAGGUGACCCUUGAGGUCUCAGCUGUGCAAUGCCCAGAGUGUGCAUGCAUGUGAGCAUUUGUAAGGAAAUAACCUUCCCCUCAGAGGGAAGGGACCUGAAGUGUCGGCUGUGUCCUGGACAGGGUGUGGGGGUUAAGCCCCUUCAUGAGGCUGGAGGGUGGUGGGUUCCCUCCCUGGUGCUGAUACUUGUAGAUCUUAGAGGAAAUAAAAAGGGAAGUGAGAGACUGGCUGGUGUGUGCCUGUGUCUUGUGGUGGGGGUGUCUUCCCACACCCCCAUCCCUUUUCCUCACCCAGGCUUGCCAGGGCAUUAAGUAGGACGACUCAAGUGCCAGCCUGUCCACCUCUAGCUGUCUGGCUCACCAUCCUGUUCUCAGCCCUGUCCUGCCCUUAGUGUCUGCAGGGAGUCCAGAUCCUGCCCUCUGCUCCUGCCCCCCACUUCCCAGGGUUUGGGGUACAUCUGGGAGGUUGGCCUUUCUCCAUACAGGGGAUCAGGGCAGGAUGCUUUGGAACAAAUGCUAAGGAAUGACCCUCAAACUUUCCUAU